AUGGAAGAAACACAAGGCGAGUAUUGUGUUUCCGAUCCACCCGAGUAUGAUUUUAACAGGCAAGGGAAUCAUAGGACUGGUGUAACAGGUCUGAAGAAGAGAGGUCAUGUGAGUCGUUCUUGGAUAAAAAUCGAUCAGGAUGGAAAUUCUGAGGUUGUGACGCUUGACAAGGCUACUAUUAUGAGAGAUUGUUCUUUGCCUUCGAGAGAUCUUCGAUUAUUGGAUCCCAUGUUUAUUUAUCCUUCUUCCAUAUUAGGAAGGGAGAUGGCUAUUGUUGUUAACCUUGAGCAAAUCAGGUGUAUAAUCACUGCGGAUGAAGUGAUUCUCAUGAAUUCACUGGAUGGGACUGUUGGUCGGUAUAGGUCACAGUUAUGCAAUCGGCUCAGGAAAGAAAAGUCUGAUGAUCUUCCCUUUGAAUUUAGGGCGCUGGAGUUGGCUCUGGAAUUGACAUGCACAUCUUUAGAUGCACAGGUAAAUGAAUUAGAAAUGGAAAUAUAUCCCGUGCUAGAUGAACUGGCCUCAUCUAUCAGUACUCUCCUUCUGGAACGUGUUCGAAGAUUCAAAGGUCACCUUCUUGCUUUGACUCAGCGGGUUCAGAAGGUUCGUGAUGAAAUAGAACAUCUCAUGGAUGACGAUGGUGACAUGGCUGAGAUGUGCCUGACUGAGAAAAGGAGAAGAUCAGAUGCCUACCCUUCAAGUGAUUGUAAUCUAAGCCGUACAUCAUCAGGCAAAGUGAUUUCGAAAUCAGAUCCUACUUCACCGGAGCAGUCAGUUAGUGGCUUACAGAUGUUGCGUAGGACUUUCAGCAGCAGUAUCGGAAAUUCAAGUAAAUAUGGUAGUACAACAAGUUCAUCUGAUAAUGGAGAAAGGAUUCAGCCACUGGAAAUGUUGCUGGAAGCAUACUUUAUCGUCAUUGAUAAUACUCUCAAUACAUUAUCGUCGCUCAAAGAAUACAUAGACGACACUGAAGAUUUUCUCAACAUAAAACUGGGGAAUAUUCAAAACCUCCUAAUAAAGUUUGAGAUGCUUCUUACAGCAGCCACAAUGGUGGCUGCAAUAUUUGCCGCAGUGACAGGAGUAUUUGGAAUGAACUUUAAAACCUCAGUUUUUGACUACUCAUCUGGAUUCAACUGGGUUAUGGUAAUUACUGGAAUUGGUUGUGUAGCAUUGUAUUUCUCCUUACUAUCCUAUUUUAGAUACAAAAAAGUGCUUCCAGAAUAA